ACCUCGUUUAUUAAUGAGAGAGACAUCACCAUUCUCAGUUAUUUCUCACAAACAUCGCAAUGUCUCGUCAAGUGCUCUCCACGCACGUGCUUGACACGACCAGUGGCAGCCCAGCGGUGGGCUUGUUUGUGGAUCUAUACAAGCAACGCGACGAGUCGUGGACUCUGUGGCACAGUACAACGACAUCUGGCGACGGGCGGGUACAGUUUCCCUUCUCGCAGGACUCCAUGGCGCCGGGCACUUACAAACUGAAGUUCAAUGUCGAAGAUUAUUUUAAAAAGAACGAUAAGACUACUUUAUAUCCUUUUGUUGAGAUCGUGUUCAAAGUGUCCGAGGGUGCGCACUACCACAUCCCACUGCUGCUCAGCCCCUACGGCUACACCACCUACCGGGGCAGCUGAACACGUCUUUUCAAAUAUCUUGGCGGCCCAAGGUCAUCAGUGCGUCGCCGUGCCCUCCC